GUAGGCGCAUAGACCCGUCACGACUCGCAGCGUUUAGUUUAACGCCGACCGUGCCACAGCGUCCACGUACCUCGCGGUGCGCCACACAGUUACACCAAACACACAUACAAAACUCACAAAACAAUAAUCAUUAUUAACAGUUGAUUUUUUUUUUUAUCAUUUUGGUUUCUAAUUUUCCGAACCGUGCACCAAAAGCCCGGUAGGUAAUCGCUUUAAGAAACCGUUCGCCCCAGCUGUUGUUUCUAGUCUACGAAAAACAAAACCGAUUUUUGUAAUAAAUAAUUAUUUUAUAAUUGAAAUAAUUAUUUUAUACCGUACACCGUCGUCGUCGUCGUCGUCGUCGCUGUGUUGACAGUUAGCGUUACCGUAAUAUAAAAAUAUUAUUAUAAAAUCGGAAAAAAGUCUCCGGGUCGUCGUUCGUCCUACUAGAGCCGCCGCCGAGUUGACCAACCGAAUAAAACACAAAACAACUACGCUGAUUGCUGCCACGAAAGUGAAAACGGAGUCCAAACUUAUAAAUAACAAUGAAGGUGGAAUUAGAGUCUGCUGUGAAGUUUAUUAUUUCAAUGCUACGGGCUGGACACAGAGCUAAAUUGGUUCGUAGCAAGGGAGAUAAGUUUUUCCUCGAGCCCGAAAUCGAAAUGCUCCAAAUGUCGUUGCUGUCCGUGAUGAGCCAUCAAUACAAGGGCUAUUGGUUCCCUGACUCACCUAACCGGGGCUCUGCCUACAGAUGUAUCCGCAUCAACAAAGACAAAAUGGAUCCUAUCAUCGCCAAGGCCGCCGACUCCUGUGGUUUGUCUUGCAAUUUAAUACGUUCCUAUCUACCCGAUGAACUGACCUUAUGGGUCGACCCCUCUGAAGUGUCUUACCGUAUUGGCGAGGAAGAUGGUAGUAUCUGCGUAUUAUACGAGGCUCCCAUCGAGGCACCGCAAUACAGCCCCGUCUCUACACCCCCAACAACAUUUAACCAGACUAUUGCUGUCUCUAGCGACAGUGGUUACUACUCUCCACCAGCCAAGCCGUCGAACAUGAUGACAUACGUACCGCCCACAUACGGAUCUCCUGUGCAAUUUGUGCAUUCUGCUUACCAGUCUUAUCCCACUUAUAUUUCAAGUUAAUUUAAUUUAAAUUUAAAAAAAAAAAAGAAAAAAAACGUAAUCACUAAUUCAAAAGAAAUUACAUCAUGUAAA